GCGGCGGCGGCGGCGGCGGCGGCUCAUGGCGGCCGUGGGGGCCCCUCAGCAGGUGCGGAUGGCCCAGCAGCAGGUCUGGACGGCGCUGGAGGUGGCGCUCCGCGUUCCCUGCCUUUUCAUCAUCGACGCCAUCUUCAACUCUUACUAUGAUGCCAGCCAGGGCCGGUUCUGCGUCGGGCUCCAGAUCCUCAUCCGGCUCCUGGGUAUAUUUGUAUCCAGUGUUGUUCUGAUCUUGUCACAGCGAUCACUUUUCAAGUUUUACAUGUACAGCUCAGCCUUUCUACUAGCUGCAACUUCAGUGUUGGUGAAUUAUUACGCCUCUUUGCACAUUGACUUCUAUGGUGCCUACAACACAUCAGCAUUUGGUAUUGAAUUUCUUCCUCGGAAAGGGCCCUCACUAUGGAUGGCACUCAUUGUUCUUCAACUAACAUUUGGAAUUGGAUAUAUCACAUUACUUCAAAUUCAGUCCAUCUACUCACAGCUGAUUAUAAUGAAUUUCUUGGUUCCUGUAAUAGGCUUAAUCACAGAGCUACCCUUACAUGUCAGAGAGACUUUAGUUUUUGCUUCUUCCCUGAUUCUGACAUUAAAUACCACACUUGUGUUGGCUGUGAAAAUUAAGUGGUUUUAUUAUUCUACACGAUAUGUUUAUCUUUUGGUAAGGCAUAUGUAUCGUAUUUAUGGAUUACAGUUAUUGAUGGAGGAUACCUGGAAAAGGAUUCGUUUCCCAGACAUACUUCGAGUCUUCUGGCUAACAAGAAUUGCAGCUCAAGCUUCUGUCUUAACAUACGUUUUAAAGAUGGCAAAUGAAACUGGAGAAAAUUUCUACCUUAUUUCUUGGGAUAAUUUCUGGGAAUUAAUUUGCAAUCUUAUAAUUAGUGGAUGCGAUUCCACACUAACUGUUUUGGGCAUGAGUGCUGUAAUUUCAUCAAUUGCCCAUUAUUUGGGGUUAGGGAUACUAGCCUUCAUUGGGUCAACUGAAGAUGAUGACAGGAGGCUUGGCUUUGUAGCACCUGUUUUGUUUUUUAUUUUGGCUCUGCAGACAGGUUUGAGUGGGUUAAGGCCAGAAGAAAGACUUGUUCGCCUAAGUAGAAACAUGUGCCUUUUAUUAACUGCAGUCCUACAUUUCAUCCAUGGAAUGACAGACCCCGUGUUAAUGUCUCUCAGUGCCUCUCAUGUGUCAUCUUUUCGUAGACAUUUUCCUGUGCUCUUCGUCUCUGCUUGUCUUUUUAUUCUUCCAAUUUUGCUCAGUUAUGUUCUCUGGCAUCAUUAUGCACUAAAUACGUGGCUAUUUGCAGUUACAGCAUUUUGUGUGGAACUUUGCUUAAAAGUAAUUGUAUCUCUCACUGUUUAUACGUUAUUCAUGAUUGAUGGCUACUAUAAUGUCCUCUGGGAAAAGCUUGAUGAUUACGUCUACUACGUUCGUUCAACUGGCAAUAUUAUUGAAUUUAUAUUUGGAGUGGUUAUGUUUGGAAAUGGGGCUUAUACCAUGAUGUUUGAGUCAGGAAGUAAAAUUCGGGCUUGCAUGAUGUGCCUACAUGCAUAUUUUAACAUCUACUUACAAGCAAAGAAUGGCUGGAAGACAUUUAUCAAUCGUAGAACUGCUGUUAAGAAAAUUAAUUCACUUCCUGAAAUAAAAGGGGGCCGCUUACAUGAAAUAGAUGAUGUCUGUGCAAUCUGCUAUCAUGAGUUUACAACAUCUGCUCGUAUUACGCCAUGUAAUCAUUAUUUCCAUGCACUUUGCCUUCGGAAAUGGCUGUAUAUUCAAGAUACUUGUCCAAUGUGCCAUCAAAAAGUAUACAUUGAAGAUGUGAAGGAAAAUGCAAACUCAUCUAACAACAAUGGGUUUAUCUCGCCCAAUGAAAAUCCUGAGCAAGUUGUAAGAGAAGCUGCUGCUGCUGCUGCUGCUGCUGAAUCUGACAGGGACAUAAAUGAAGAUGACAGUACCGAUUGUGAUGAUGAUGUUCAACAUGAAAGAAAUGGAGUGAUUCAGCACACAGACACAACAGCUGAGGAAUCUCUUAAUGAUGAUACUGACUGAUUAAAAAUGGCAUUUAUUAAUCACUGAGGUAUUUGUUUAAAAUUGAGUUCAACAAAAAUGGAGUAAAAUACUUCACUUCAGUGUGUAACCAAGCACAAAAACAGUAUCAAUGUUGAGUCUGUGAAUGGUUUUCCGUUUACUGUGAUGUGCUACUGUAAAUAUACCUCUUUAAUUACUGCUGGUCUCUUUGGUGACCUAUUUAAAUUUGUGUACAUUAUUGUACAUAGAAUAAAACGUUUUCACAUGUUUUUAAGACAAA